CCGGCUCGCGCCGUCCCUACUACACCUCGCGAGCUUGCACGCCCGGUCACUGUCCUCCCGGCCGUCCUCGCGUCCUCCAGGCUCCACCUGGACCAGUGAUUUCUCGGCGCCGAGGCCCCCGGGGCUGCAUCUGAGCCUCUGCAGCCCGCUGCCGCCGCCUUGGCUGCCACUGCUCUCCUGCUUCCCCUCCCCCAACUCCCGGGGCUCGGAGCAGGAGGAGGAGGGGCCGGUGCAUUCUUGCCGCGGCUCUUUGCAACCUGCGGGGGCCGGUGCAUACCCUGCGAGGCUUCCGGGCCGCUGCAGGUGCGUGCAACCCCAAACGAGACGACCCCCCAACACCCCCGGGCAAACCCGGGGGCUGCAAGCUGCCAGCGGGCGGUCGAACGAGAGGAAGCAACAAAGACAGGCUGCAGCCGGCGAGAGGGGCCGCGGCCGCCAAGAUCCCAGUGUGGGCGAAGAGGGCGCCCCGGGGAGCAGCGCACGGCCGAGCUGCAGCCUUGAGCGGGACCCCGAGGGGAGACGCAGCGCCGCCCGCCGGACGCGGUGAGCACAGGCCUGGGCGAGGAUGCGCCGCCUGAGCGCCCGCGCGGCCCGGGUCCCGGGCGGGCGCGACCCCCGUUGAGCCGAGAGACCCUUCACUCCCGACUUCGGACGGCGCGGGCCGGCGCCUGGGUCGCCCUAACCGACAGCGUCCCUUCCUACCCGGAGAGAGGUAUCGGCCCCCAAGAGGGGCUUCCUCAGGCAGUCCCUGCCACCUCUGCAUGGCUGCAACCCUGCGAGCGGAGAGUCGUCGCUGCUGAGACCUGGUGCCCUCCGACGGCCUGGCUGAUCUGGGACCCUGCCACAGAGCGUGCCACACCGCAGGCCCCCAGCUCAGCCAUGCUGGCCUGUCUGCAGAGGACCCAGAACCCACCGGGCCAACACCUGGCCUGCCCGAGCAAGAGCCUGGAGCUGCGCAAGUGCGAGACGGUGGCCAGCUCCAUGCAUUCCUCCCGCUACCCAAGCCCAGCCGAGCUGGAUGCCUAUGCUGAGAAGGUAGCCAACAGCCCACUCUCCAUCAAGAUCUUCCCCACCACCAUUCGCGUGCCCCAGCACAAGCACCUCAGCCGCACUGUCAAUGGCUAUGAUACCAGCGGCCAGCGCUACAGCCCCUACCCGCAGCAUGCUGCUGGCUACCAGGGCCUGUUGGCCAUCGUCAAGGCCGCCGUCUCCUCCUCCAGUGUGGUCGCACCCGCUGGGCCCGCCAAAAGCGUGCUUAAGAGCGCCGAAGGCAAGCGGACCAAGCUGUCGCCAGCUGCCGUGCAGGUGGGCAUUGCGCCCUACCCAGCACCCAGCACCCUGGGGCCCUUGGCCUACCCCAAGCCACCUGAGGCGCCUGCCCCACCGCCUGGCCUCCCCACGGCCGCUGCCACCGCCUCCUCUGUCAUCCCCCUGCCUGGCCGCGGCCUGGCCCUGCCGCCUUCCAACCUGCCCUCCAUCCACAGCAUCCUCUACCAGCUCAACCAGCAGUGCCAGGCCCCAGGCGCCGCACCUACUGCCUGCCAAGGCGUGGCUGUGUCCCACCCCAGCCCGGCCAAGCAUGGCCCAGUGCCCAGCUUCCCCAGCAUGGCCUACUCGGCCGCUGCGGGCCUGCCCGAUUGCCGAAAAGGCGCCGAGCUGGGCCAGGGAAGCACAGCGGCCUUGACAUUGUCUGGGGCCACCAAGCCUGCAGGGUAUGUGGACAGCGGCCUGGAUUACCUGCUGUGGCCACAGAAGCCACCCCCACCACCACCCCAGCCACUGAGAGCCUACAGCGGCGGCACAGUAGCCAGCAAGUCCCCCGAGGCUUGCGGGGGGCGGGCAUAUGAGCGGGCCAGUGGGUCGCCCCUCAACUGUGGCGUGGGGCUGCCCACCAGCUUCCCCGCGGGUCAGUACUUCACCGCCCCCUGGAACAGCGUGUUGGUGACCCCCACCAGUGAUUGCUACAACCCAGCAGCAGUGGCAGUCACCGAGCUGGGGCCCGGGGUAGCCAGGGAGCUGGCAGGGCCCCCCGCGGAGGCCCUCUCAGGCCUGCCCAGCAAGAGCAUGUGCAACACGGCUGUGCUCAGCAGCAGCCUGCAGUCGCUGGAGUAUCUCAUCAAUGAUAUCCGGCCGCCCUGCAUCAAAGAGCAGAUGCUGGGCAAGGGCUAUGAGACAGUGGCAGUGCCCCGGCUGCUUGACCACCAGCACGCCCACAUCCGCCUGCCUGUCUACAGAUAAGGCCCACCUGGUGGACACAGAGACAGAUGGACAGGGCACCGAUGGGGGAAGGCAGGCCACAGAGCAGAGUGGGCAGCGUGCAGGGCCACCUAGCCCCACCCUGUGCCCAUUGAUACCCACAGGGAAGCCAGGCUGGCUGCUGCCAUGCCUGUUGGAAUUUGGCAGGGUGACCGUGCUCACAAAGGCCCCUCCCCCAUCAACUGCCCCAGGACAUGGGGAGGGCUCCAGGGCAGCUGCUGAUGUCCUUGCCUUCCUCCAUCCACACUGGCAGAGGCAGGGAGAGAGAAACCACUAAAAAUAGGAGUGGUUCCUUCUGGCCCUCCCAGGAGAGGAGCUCAGGCUGGGUUGGGAUGCAGGAGGAACUGUGAUGGUCUGGAGUCAGAGUGGGAUCAAAGCAGCCCUCAGGGGUCCGAUAGCUCCUCCCCACCACAAGCUCCCCAGUCACCUGGAAAAGGAAGAGAAGGAGCCUAUAGGAAGUCCCUGGGCUCACAGCGUCCUCCACUGGCCAAUCCAGGGAGGACCAGAACCUCACUCUAACAGAGGUUCCAGGGACUACCGGUCUCGCUGCUCCUUUCUCCUCUCCUUCCCCUUCCCGCGUUCCUUCCCAACAUAGAAAAAUCGCACCCCCAUCCCCAUUCUCCAAACCCUGGACUACCCAGCUUCCCCUUUCUCUCCAGUAAAUCUUACAGGGCUGCUGGGCACAGCUGUAUAGGCUGUGCACCGCACAAGGGCACCUCGUCCAAGGAGACACCACUUGCAUCCUAGACUUGUAUAUUUAUUACAGCAAUUUUCUGAAUCUCGAGGAAGGGGUGCCAUUUCCCUAUUCGCACAAAGGUACCACAGGGGCUAACAACGGGCCUGCCAUCUUAGACCCCAUCGGAGGGACCCUACCCUGCCCUCUUCGGGGGUUCUCCUAGGACCAGCGAGGGGGCAACCUACUGGUUUUACUUGGGAGAGCCAAUGCAACUCCUUUCCUGCCGGCUACCCUCCCAAGGCCUGCCCCGUACCAUCGAGCACGGGAAGGCAGGCAGGGGUCCCCCCACUGAGUCCCCAGAGCCCAACCUCCCCCAGCCCUGGCCCCUCUGGCAUUCCGGAAGCGGUACUGUAUCUCUCUCCAAGGCCUGUUCAAGCACUAAGUGCAUUUACAAAUCUCUGAGAAUGUUUUUUUUUUAUACUAAAAUUGACCAUUAUAUUCUACUGUGAGAAGUGCGGGUCUGCACUAUAUUGUUUUAAAAAGGAAGAGAAAGAAAAAAAAGGAAAACACA